AUGGCGUCUCUUCACAAGAACAUGACAAGCCCGUGCGCCUCCAAGCCGCCGGGCAGCGGGGCGGCCAAGAGCCCGCGCAGCAGCCCGGGCGUGCGCGUCGUCAUGUGCGCUGCCAGCUCGCCGCGCUCCUCCCCUUUGUCCUCCCCCGCUGGCGCCGCCUGCUCCACCGCCGCCGCGGCGAUCGCGGCGGCCGCUCCUUUCGCCAGCCGCUGCGGGCCGUCGCGGCAGCUGCGCUUUGACAUUCGGGUCGACGUGCCGCCGCCGCCGCGCAUGAGCGUCGCUCCGCAGCAGCAGGAGCAGCAGGCGGCCGAGCAGCACGCAGCGGGCCCCCGCUUCUCGCCCGACGCCGUCCCGUCGUCCGCCGCUGCGGCCGCGGCCGCCGCCGCCGCCGCCGCUGCUGCCGCGCGCGCCGCGGCGUCGCCCGCGACGAAGGCCGCCGCCGCCGCCAGCCCAAGCCGUGUCCAGAAACACUCCCCCGCGGUCGAGGCGCGCCUGCAGGAGACACUGGCGCGCAUGAGCGCCCCCUACUUCAUAGCCCCCCACAUCCCCGCGCCCGGCCAGGACAGCCGGCGGCUCGCGGCGACGCUUUUCGACUGCGUGCAGCUCGCGUCGGAGGGGCGCCUGUCGCUCGACGUGCUGCUGGCCGGCGCGGGGCCGGGGGCGGACCUGUACGCAGACACGCCGCGCCUCGGCUGGCUGUUGCGCGUGGUGCAGGAGGGGCCGCCAGACGUUUCGGGCCUUGCGGCCGAGGUGCUGUGCAGGUGA